AUGGGUAGAACUGCAUUUUUACUAGGCGAAGAUAACAUUCUUUCGUAUGAGUGCAUCGAUACCUUCAGCGAGCUGGAAUCAUGUGGUGGCUGCGCUUAUGGCGAGUUUACCUCUGAGGGUGCCAAGCCUUCACCUGGUAUCGACUGUACCUCUCUCCUAGGUGUUUCGAGGAGCGGCGUCACCUGUCAUAGCGGUCAAUGCCUAGCUUUCGCCUGCGAGGAAGGUUAUGCACUUGUGAAAGACAAAUGUGUCAUCAAGGAAGGACUGUCUUAA